AAAUAGUACAAAGGUACAUUAUUACCUGCUCCUGACAUUAUUUUAUGUUACUUACCGGAAUUAGUGAAAGUGGAUUUUGUGAAAUUGGACCCUUCGAACAUUGUGUUAUUAAUACUAUGACAGAGAACACGCAGUAUACGUCGCAUGAAUAUGCGGAUAUUCACCUAAUUUACGGUGAAGCUUGCUGUAAUGCCAGAGCUGCUCAAAGAAUCUAUGCAGAGCGAGACCCCAAUCGUCGGCACCCGGGUCGUGAAGUAUUCGCCCUGACCUAUAGAAAAAUAUAUGAAGGUCGCAUACCUGGAAGGCGUGGCGGCGAAACAGGACGUCCUGCAACAUUAGAUGUUGAAGUUGUGUUAGAGGAAGUGGAACUAGAUCCAUCGACUUCA